AUGGGUGUUGAUAAAUUGGAUUAUCCACACUACUGUGAUCUCUUAAGAAAAAUGAACAUGCCUUUUUUGAGAGGAAUUGAUGAUAGGCAUGGCUAUGGCAGAUUUGAAAAGAAAUGCAAUCCUGCUUUUCUUAAAUGUCAUCCAUCCCCUUCAGUUCUACCAGAUUAUCAUCUGUACUAUCCAUAUCCUCCACCAUAUGGACCAGAUUAUCCAUUAUUUCCAGUUAGGGAUGAUGUACCCUUAAGUGAUCCCUUUUCACAAUUUUUGAGUCCUGGUGGCGAUGCUGAUUUAAAACCUGAUGUUGGCAGAAACAUACCAAAUCUGGUGGAUUUUAGUAAUGUGAGACCUCAACAUCGUGUUCCCAGACAAAAUAUAGGACUGAAUACAACGAAAAAGAGACAAACAAUUCUAUUAGAACAACUACAGCAGGAUAAGAGAUGGAAUUCUAGGGUAGUUCCAGACAUUUCCAUCAGAGCAAGACUUGGAGGUUGGACAAGUCCACAGAAAAUUAUUCCUUUCCAGCCUCUUCAUGAAGGAUGUUCAGUAAAUCACACAUAUGCAUUUGAUGAGGUUGCAAUACGCCCUGUUGUUGGCGGUCUCUGGGACAGACUCCAGACAAGGUCAUUCUUGGCACCAGUCAAACCAAUUAGCUUUGUAAGUCCAAGUUCUAGAAGUAAAUACAUUCCUCUCUAUACUGGUUAUGUGGAAUCCACAAACACUGAUGAUACUGAUAAACCCUUUGGAGACCUCACAUCUCUAGCCAAGACUCGAACCUUUAAACCCUUGUAUACAAUCACAAAUCAGUAA